AUGAGUGGGAAGUUAACACAGGAAAUAGACAUGGAUGUGGUAGCGUUCUUUGCUCGCGAGUGGAGGAAAAAGUUUCCGGCUGUUGACGAGCCUAGUUUGCUGAAUUCAGAUAAUUUUUCAUCGCGAAAAUUACCACUUUCUGAGCUUCAGCAAUUACUUAAAGAUUCAAAACUGAAGGUGGAAGAUAUCAGAAGUCAGCUUGAUCGAGCUGUUUUCAUGGAACAUUUUUUAUCGAACUUGGUGACAGUUCGUACUGGUGCAGACAUUGAGAAUGUCAGUUUCACGGAAGUCAGCGAUUUGACAGGUGUUACGAAAGUACGUGUAGGAUCGGCUAGGGCUGAAAUGACCUCAAAAACUGAACAAAACAAUCCUGAGGCAGUUGACUUUACGGGGAGUCAAGCGGUCACUAAAAUCAUUGUGGGUGAUAUCCAGGAGGGAGGGUCUGGUAGGCCGAGGGUACACGGUCUGAUGUCAAGGGGACCAGGCACGUGUACAGGCAAAUCAAAAGGUAAACAACAGGUGGACUCAGAAUUCUCAUCUACCUGGUUGGACAAUUUGUCUGGUUUACAAAAGGAAAAUGGAUCGUCAAGCGAUGAAGAAACAGUUAAUGAACAUGUAAAUUCAUUGGUUGAUAAUUUAGAAGAUAAGAAUCCCACAGGAGAUUCAAAUAUGGUAAAUAGCAGUCUAGCAACUGUGGAAUUGGGUGUAGAUAGCACACAGGAUGUAUUUCAUACAAACCAGCAUGAUUCAUCUGAUUUAAGCUCCAGAGUGAAGUCUGCUAAAGAAGAAAACCAAAACAAUGAUGAGCAAUUAGACUUGCAUUAUGGUAAUAGUCGUCAGUCGGUAUCAGAUCGUGUGAAAUCAGUAGAAAGGAAGAUAUCUUGCAAGAAAAAUUCAGAAUUACCCGUUGUGCCAUCAGAGCAGACCAACGCUCCUCCCCCGCUACGACCGAGGCCAAUCAGCAGGCCUCGGUUGUCACGACCAAAACCUCCGCCAAUCUCCAGGAAUUCAAGUGCUGAUAACGAAACACUUCCACAGAAAAGUGAGAGUGAACCAGAGCUAACAUCUUCUUUGAAAUUCAGGAAACCUCAGGAAACACAAUCUGGUCUGGAUAACAGGAAACACGCUGAUCUUCUAUUAUAUCCUGUACCUAUUGGUCACAAAGCUGUGACUGAAAUUGAUCCUACUCAAUGUCGACCUGAAUCAGAUCAUUUGUAUAAACCAGGAAAUGAAACUGAAACUGCGGCCAUCGAACAUAUUACAGUCACUUCCCCAGCUGACUACAACAGCACAGAGCACCAUAUAUAUAAAAAUGUGCCACAAGAUUGUGGAAGCAAUUCAAUGGAUGAAGAUAUGAAGAAAAUAAGGAAACUUUCCAGGAGUUUUAGCAAAGAUUCUGAAACUCAUAAUGUCCUGGUUACAAGUUUCAGAAGAUUUCCUGAUAGUGAAACAAAUGACACUGUUGACAACAUAAACAAUGACAGCCUUAACCCCAGUCGUGAGGAAGAAAGUUUGGAGUCAGAUGAUAAGAGUACAUUUCGAGGUAUUGUUUCACGAAUAAAGGACCAUGAGCUACAUAACUCACAUACCAAUGCUGCUGACAGAAAAAAGAAGUCAAACUAUUUAAACAUUUCAAUUAAUGUACUGUUGACUCAAACUCAUAAACUAACAGUUUCUGAUGAUAGUUCAGACUCCGAGAAUGAGGAUGGAGCUUUACCGAGUACCACAGUAGCAGUUGGUGAGGAGGUGAGACAAAAUGAUAAACAGACAGAAGAGGUCGACAGAUCCUCCCAGGAUAAUAACACUCUCUCCAUCCCAGAUGUGCACCACACUCACAGGAAGAAAUUUUCUACAACUUCUAUAGACACCCAAUCAGAUGAGGAUGUGACAGACAGCAGACCCAGAAUAAAGAGGAACAAGUCGGAGGAUGACCUUGACACAAUUAGCUGUGACAGUCAUGAUGAGUUGGAUGUGGUGGACCAAGAAGAAGAGACAGAAAAGUCACGGAAGCUGAAGAUGAGGAAAAUCCUUGUGAAUGGAAUACUAGGGAGCGAAGAAACCUACCUGUCAUGUCUGGAUGAACUUGUUAAUUUCAAGCGUAAGUUACAGCUAGGCUGUGAGACAAACCCCAUGUGUUCCUUCGAGGACCUAACAACGAUCUUCUACAAGGUAGAAGACAUCCAUGUCCACCACAAGUCAUUUGUGUCCAGUCUGAAAGAAAAAGUUGACCACUGGUCAGAUGAUCAGGAGAUCGGAAAAAUAUUCAAGGAACUGAUUGUGUUUUUCCCUACUUAUAAAGAAUUUGUUGAGAACACUAACAAAGCCUUGGAAUGUGUUACCAAGUGUAGUAAUGAAAACCCUGACUUCAAAAAAAUGGCUCUGAACAUGGUAAGUUUGAAAACUUCACUAGAUGGAAGUUAUUUUUUUUUUUUUUCAGAAAUUUUGUUUAAGCCUGUCCAAAGAUUACAGAGAAAUACUCUAGUUCUGCAUGAUUUGAUCAAAGUAACACCUGAGGAUCAUAAAGAUUUUGCCACCCUCCAGGGGGCGCUAAAGAUUGCUGAUCAUAAUUUACGGAACUUUGGAGUUGAUGAAGAAGCUAAUGCUAAGUCUGAGGACAAACAUCAUCUAGUAAAGAGUGGAUUUGUAGUGGAGAUGGAUGGUAGAUCUCGUAAGCUGAGGUACAUGUUCCUGUUUAGUGAUGCCCUCGUGUGUACCAAACACAAGAUCAGUGGCAGACAUAAACCACGUUCGUUUGAGUGUAAAUGGUUCGUACCAGUGGUAGAGAUAACAAUGGGACAAAAAGGUGACAAAGUGUACGACUGUAAGGAAGAUAUUGAUUCUAUGAAGAAGAAGAUUGUCAGUUUGAAAGCUGAGCUGAGGUCAGAGAUGCGCAAUGCUGAACCAAACAAAGAUAGAUGGUCGCUAGCAGGCAAAGUCCAACAGAGAUCCAUAGACAAACUUCGCAAGAAGAUAGAGGAGCAGGAGGCGUCACUUGUCCUAGCUUCACCACAUUUGCCAAUCACAAUAUCUGCCAAGGGAGGUAACAAGUAUGUAAUACUGCUAUCCAAUGACUUUGAACGAGAAGAAUGGAGGGAUGCUAUUGAUAAUCAACAGAAACAUCAUUCCCCACAGGGGCAAAUUCAUCGUAAACAGCUCAGUAUCCACGACAUCCAGACGAUGAUCAACGACAGCAAACAGUUACCACAGGUGAACAAGAUUGGAAAUGUUUUAAUGAGAAAAGAUGAAGAAAUGCUGAAUGGUAAUCUGAAUGUAACAAUUCACACUCUGGCGGGAGUCGACAAACUGUGUGAAGUAUUUUGUCAGCUGGAGCUGGACUCCUAUGGACACUUUUUCAUGAAGGCACGUACAACCACAAGCUCAGUGAUACAUGUCGGAGACCGAUCGUGGGACGAGGACUUUGAGCUAGACCUGGAUGGUUCACAGACCCUGCGAGUCCUUUGUUACAAGAAGGAUGGGGCCAUGGAUGAGUUGAUUGGCCGCAGUGCAUUGGAAUUGAGUAGCAGUUGGUUAAGCAGUAAUUUCAAGGAACAGAAGAUAUCCAUGAAUGAUCUUGCCCUUACAAUCUCGGUGAGACACACUCCUACAAGUAAAACCCUAAAGAGGCAGCCAUCAAAGAUACAAGGAGGUGUCUUCGGUGUCAGGUUAAAGAACAUUAUCAGUCGAGAGAACAAGACCAUCCCCACCAUUGUAUCAACAUGUAUGAAGGAGAUAGAAGCCAGAGGUCUGGAUGAGGUGGGGAUCUACAGAGUCUCUGGAGUGACAUCAGAAAUACAGAGGUUAAAAAAGACAUUUGAUAAAAAUAUGCGUGCUGGAAUAAACGCCAUCACCAGCAGUGAUAUCCAUGCUGUGAGUGGUGUCCUUAAAUUGUUCUUUCGUGAGCUACCUGAUCCACUCUUCACAGAGGCUAAUUAUAAGGCAUUCAUCAGUACAGCAGGAUUGAAGGAUCUACCAUCCAAGGAGAAGUGUAUGUUACAACUGUUUCACGACCUUCCUGAUGAGAACUACUACACCAUUGUCAGUGUUAUAGAACACCUUGUGAAAGUAGCCAAGUUUGAAUCACAGAACAAGAUGUCUUUGAGUAACCUAUCAACAGUGUUUGGCCCCACCCUCCUACAGCCUGCGGUCAAUGAUGCCAAACUAAAUCCCGCACAGAUCAUGAUGCAGGGUGCCCAGGAUGUGUUUGUUCAAGCUGAAGUUCUCUCCUUCUUCCUUAACAUGUCUGCUAGUGGACACAGUAUCCGUCGGUCAUCUGCGUCCUGA